UUGGACAUUUUGAUAACAAAGAUAGUCGAGGCCUUGUGAAAAAUCAAUUAUAAACAACGUUAGCAUCGAGGGCACAGUUUAUUAAUAUAUUUAGUGCCAUGAUGGGUUCACCAAGAUCCUGUGACACUUUUGUGGUUCUGCCACCACUCACAAAAGACAAUCUAGUAAUCUUCGGGAAAAAUUCGGACCGUCCACAGAACGAAGUCCAAGAAGUCAUUUAUGUAAAAGAACGAGUCCGCGAUUCAAAAUUAAAGUGUACUUACAUCACAAUAGAUGAGAGUCCGGAGCCAAUUAAUAGUAUCAUACUGAGCAAGCCUGCGUGGAUGUGGGGUGCUGAGAUGGGUGCAAAUGAUAAGAAUGUAGUCAUUGGAAACGAGGCUGUAUGGACGAGCAACAAUGAAGGUGAAGGUGACGCUCGGCAGAAGAGACUGCUUGGGAUGGAUCUCGUAAGAUUGGGACUGGAAAGGGGCAGCACUGCUGAGAGCGCGUUGAAUGUAAUCACCACUCUUCUAGAGAAACAUGGACAAGGUGGGCCAUGUUCGGAGUUUGAUGAUAGUCACUUCUAUCACAACUCUUUUCUCAUCGCUGAUGCCAAGGAGGCCUGGGUGUUGGAGACCAGCGGCAAACUGUGGGCCGCAGAGAAGAUCACUUCUGGAUAUAGGAAUAUAUCUAACGGUCUUACAAUAAUGACCAAAUUUGAUAAACAUUCGAGGGGAUUGUUUGUUAAAGCCGAAGCAACUGGUUUUUGGAAUGGAAAAGGCGAGUUUGAUUUUAAGAAGUGUUUCUCGUCUGGCGGGGAUGAGAAGAGACAGAAGGAGGGGGAGAGACUGCUGAAGGAGGGGACGGCGUCGAAUAACUUCGGCGUCAAGGAGAUGUUCGAUGUGCUUCGACACAAGGAGAGUUGCAUCUGUCGUGGAUGUGACGACACGUUCCCUACACAGGGCAGUCAGGUGUCAGUGCUGUCCACCAACGGGCUGAGUGUGCACUGGUUCACGGCGACUCCAGAUCCCAGCAUCUCUUACUUCAAGCCGUUCGUGUUCACGCCCAAUGCUCACGUCUCGCCUCACACUGAGAGCCCUAAAGAGCCAAAAAGGGAGCAUGAACUCUACAAAUUGCACGCCAAACAUCACUCCAAAGAGAACGGUGAAAUGGUAACAAAGAUCCUGCGUGAAAUGGAAGGCAGCUGUUUGUCAGAAAUAGAGGAGUUCAUGAGUAACUACGACCCGGAGAGUUCCUCCUUAGAUGAGUUAGAUAACUUGAUGAAGGACUGCGUUGAUACUGAAAUUAAACUAUAUGGGUAAACUUUGAAUUCUCUUAAAUUUAGGACACUUUUUAAUAUAACGGACGGUUUACACUGAUAAAAACAAUCUUUAAUAUUGAAUUUCACAGUAAUCUGGAAUAAAUAAUUUUGUACAAUCGCAGAAAUCAAAGGUGUAACAGAAAUGUUUAAAUGUUCUUUGCAAUGAAAUACGACUCUUAAAAAUAACCAAUUAUGUUAAAUAAAAUAACAAUUAUUGGUUUAAAAGUGGACCACUGAGCGAUCUUUUUUCGUACAUAUUAAAAAGCAUAUUGGUUUUGAUGUACAAGCGACUGUCACUUAAGAUCGCACACCGUUAAAUACCCUGAUUGUACAUAACGGCAGUGUAAACCUACGGUUAUAUCGCGUCUGAAAGCUUUAUGUAUCUUAGUGUUUACAUAAUCUUCAUGUUUAUCCUACUAUGAAUAUUUUCAAUUAGUGGGAAUUAUUCUCUAGGUUCUGUAGAUUUAAGACUUUUGUGCUUUGAAUGUUAGAUUACUUUAAAGUAACCUUGAGCUUAUUGUUUGAAGGCUAUGGUGCAGGCUAUACGCACUUCAGCUUAUACUUAACUAGAAAUAUGUUUUUGUAGGUAGAAAUAAAUAUAUCUAUUUCUAUCAAAUAAAUUACAUUUUUAAUUGUUAAUUGACAU